GCGACCCCAAUCCGCACCCAUCACCCAUCAUGGCAUUCCUAACUAAUGCUCUGAGGUCGAAUGUCAGGACGGCGGUAUGGAAAAGCGCGGUGCCGAUAAAGAGGGGAAUGGCCUCUAUGUCCAAGUUCGUCAAGUACGAUUGGGAGGACCCCCUGAAUCUUGACUCCUUGCUCACGGAAGAAGAACGCGCAAUCCGUGACAUGGCGCGCAGCUAUUGUCAAGAGAAGCUGCAACCGCGUGUCCUGGAAGCCUACCGCACAGAAGAGUUCGAGCCUGCUAUUCUCAAGGAGAUGGGCGAGCUCGGCCUGUUGGGUGCAACGAUCGAAGGCUAUGGGUGCGCGGGCGUAUCCAACGUCGCGUACGGUCUCAUCGCACGCGAGGUGGAACGUGUCGACUCCGGGCACAGGAGUACGAUGUCUGUUCAGAGCAGCUUGACCAUGCAUCCGAUCUUUGAGUUCGGUACAGAGGAACAGAAGGAAAAAUAUCUCCCUGGUCUGGCCAAAGGGGAGCUGAUCGGUUGCUUUGGAUUGACCGAGCCAAACCACGGCUCGGAUCCGGCGAGCAUGGACACAGUCGCUUCUGAGGCACCUGGAGGAGGUUACGUGAUCAAUGGUGCCAAGACGUGGAUUUCAAAUGCCCCAUAUGCGGACAUUUUCAUCAUUUGGGCGAAAUGCAAGUGGGACAACCUCAUCAGAGGGUUCAUCCUAGAGAAGGGGAUGGAAGGACUCUCGGCCCCAGCCAUCAAGAACAAGCUGAUGUUGCGUGCUUCGAUUACUGGUUCUAUUUUCAUGGAGAAUGUGCAGGUGCCCGCCGCCAAUCUCCUGCCCAACGUGACAGGUCUCAAGGGCCCCUUCUCCUGCCUGAACAGCGCACGAUAUGGUAUCUCAUGGGGGGUCAUGGGAGCUUUGGAGGAUUGCAUUGCCCGCGCUCGCUCGUACGCACUCGAGAGACAUCAGUUCAACAAGCCGCUUGCUGCGUUCCAGCUCGUACAGAAGAAGCUUGCAGACGCGCAUACAGAAGCCACACUUGGCCUGCUAGCGAGCUACCAGGUGGGGAGGCUGAAGGAUCAAGGCCAGUGGUGUCCUGAAAUGAUCAGUUUGGUGAAGCGGAACAAUUGCGGCAAGGCGGUGGAGGGAAGCAGGAAGCUGAUGGAGAUUUUUGGUGGCAACUCUGUCAGCGACGAGUAUCACAUCGGCCGCCAUGUUGCGAACCUGCAUGUUGCCAACACCUACGAAGGCACGCAUGAUAUUCAUGCACUCAUCCUGGGCAAGGCGAUUACUGGAGUCCAGGCGUUUGCCUAG